AUGGAGGCCAUCCCUCCGAUCAGAUCCAGCCUCUCGGGGACUCUGCUGGUGGUGGUGAGGCUCUCCACACUGCUCUUUCAGAACCGGGCCCACCUCUACCAUUUCCUGCUCCUUAAGAUCAUCCUCUUCAACCACUGGCUGUCGGGGCUGACCCAGGAGGCCCGGGGGGUCCCGCGCUGGGCGGGGCCAAGGCUGGGCGGGGCCAAGGCUGGGUGGGGGCCGGCGGCCUCGGGGUGCAGCCUGUGCGCUCCGGGUGGCCCCCUGCCCGUCAGCUGCCCCCUCCAGGCUCUGCUGGAGAACCGCGUGGUGCUGGACUUACUGGCGCUGCUGAAGCGUCUGUACCGGCGGGCGGAGAGCACAACCGCGCGCACCUCCUGGCACGUGGCCUACCUCGUCACCUGGACCACCUGCCUGGCCUCCCACCUGCUGCAGGCUGCCUUUGAGCACACAGCCCAGCUGGCCCAGGCCCAGGAGGCCGAGCCCCAGGAGGCCUCGGGGCUCUGGUCUGAGUCGCCACUCCCUGAGCCCUGGGCUCCCAAGGCUGGGCCAGUUCUGCCAGAGCCUGGGAACCCUGGAGAAUAAAUGUAUCCCCUCCUGCCUCUCCUGUCUGGUCUGGGCUAGGGGCUCACUCUCCGUCCCUCUUCUGUACUGGGCGGGAGAGACGUGAGUGCGUGCACGCCUGCCCUAGGGCUGCCUCUGGGAAGGAAACCACAUUCUAUGAUCACCUCAUACGUGCCAAGUAACCAUCUCAGACACUUGACACACGUAAUUUUGUUUUGUAGCAACACAGGCAUCAGGUUCAAUCAGCUCCAUUUCUCUGACUAGAAAACUGAGCCUCAGAAGGUUGAACAUUCCCAAGUCCUGGGAGUGAGUCAGGGGAGGAGCCAGCACUGGGCCCUACCUGUUUUGUUUCCUAAAACUCCUAACUUUAUCUUGGUCCAGGCCCCUGGUUCUCAAGAUUGUUGAUGCCCAGCGCUUUAGGGGCUAUGGGUAGUUAGAGACUCUGGCCUCUGGAGGGUGCCAGGGCCUCACAUUUCAGAGAUUUAAAAAAUUCCUUUGAGAAGUUAUUAUUCCUGAGCCAGUCUGCAACUAGCCCAUCCAUCCACUCACACACUUGGCCACUCAUUUUCCCACUCAUCCAUCCAUCCAUCCACCCAUCCUCCUAGCCAUCCCUUAGCCUGUCUACCCACCUACCUAUCCAUCCACCCCCACCCCCCCACUCACCCACAAAUCCACCCACAGAUCCAUCUCCUCUAGGGAGAGGGAAACAUGCAGUGUUUCAUUACUCAGCCCUGCUGCCCAGGUCCUGCUGAUGGGGGGCUGACGUAGCCACGCAAGCUCAAGCUGCAUGGGUCAGAUUCCCGUAGACUCCACCCUUAGGUGAGGGAUUCUGUGAGCAGAGGGGAAGGGAUGGUUUCUUGGGAGUCAGUGAUCACCCCUUACUCAUUCCCAUCUAGAGGGUGGUGUGAGCACGGGAAGACAUUCCAGAGAGCUCUGCCCUGCUUUUUCCUUCUCAAUUCGGGUUCCAAAGGGAAGUUAGGCCCGGAUUCCUGCCCUGCCUCUCAUAUAAGCCUGCAGAUGGCCCAGGGUGGGUAUGGGGUGAACUUCCAGGCCCUUCUUCCAAGUCUGAGGACUUGGCCCAAACCUGAGAGUUUCUCUAGAAGUGGAAAUGUUGCGGGGAGAUGUCUGAAGGGCUUCCAUCUGGCCGACUAGGCAGAACACCUGCUGAGGAAGGCCCUGCAAGGCCCUGGCAAAGGGGUAGACACAACGCAGAUUCCAGAACGCACACAGAGCAUACAGGGAAAGCUGAGUGCAGAAGUGUGUGAAGUUGGCCUGCUGUUGAAGAUCCUGAACAUAAGUCCCCCUGGGCCUUCCAGGGGCCCUGGCAUCGCGGGGCUGGAGCUUGGGAGGAAGGAGGAGGAUGUGAAUCUGCUCUUGACUUCUCCUCACCGGCAGUGGGAAGAUCAGAGGCCUUGGGGUCAGAGAGCCUCGGGUUUGAAUCCUGCAUCCACAACCUUCUGUCUCUGUGACCUUGGGCAAGUUCCUUAACCCCGUGAGCCUCAGUUUCCCCACCUGCCAUCAGGUACAACCAUAGCCUUGGGCCUCACAGGGCUGACACCAGGUCUGUGCAGGAGUGGCACCCACUCCAGGCCUGGUGUGGGAGGCACUGGGAACCCCAUCUCCCUCUCUCCGGCCUCAGGCCUUCCCAGGGGCCACAGGGUCCUUGUUUUGAGGCCGAGAGGGAGGGUGGUCAGUCCAUCUGUCUCAAGCCUGUGAGUGUGGAGGGGCCCUGGCCUGCUGGAGGAAAACAAGUGGGGGGCGAUGGCGGGAGGGCUGCGGGCAGGGUGGGGGGAACUGGCUGCAGGGCUGGCCAGCAGCUCCACGCAAUCUGUCUGCUAUGCAGUCCGGGGCCUGGCCUGUAUUUAUUUAUGCUGAGCGUGUAUUUAUAUCAGCCCCUUUCUCAUUAAUAGGGCAGGAAAUGGCUGGAAUUGUUACAUACCUGGCGGCCCAGGGGUCCUGCUCGGCCAAGACACACAGGGCCCUGGCUGCCCAGCCAUGAUUGUGAGGGGCCCCCUCCUCAGUCCCAGGCCUGUCUCUGGCCUUUCAUUGACCCCCCCUUUGCAUCGAGCACCCCUUCUACUUCCUUGAGCUCCUAGCCCUCCGCGGAGUCCACAGCCCUGGGAGUGGGGCUCACUUUCAGGCCUCUCCCUGUGCCCCAGCUCCUGACCCCACCCCAACCCCAAGAGGGACAGUGGUGUUAGGGGCUGUAAGGUGCAUCUCGGAGGAUGAGGGAGUGCUGGGCAGACCCUGGGCAGAACAGUGAGAGUCUGUGGAUGAGAAAUCAGGGUCCCCUGACUCGGCGAUGGGACCCUGGAACCCUGGGUUGUGGGUGGGGGUGGAGGAGGAAGUGAGGGGAUGUGAGAGGACCCUCCUGAGGCUGGGGGUGGGGGUCGUCCCAGGGCUUUGCUCCCCACCAAGUUGAACUACACAUAGGCUCAGACAGACUUGUAGCCCAUGGAGGGUGUCUCUUUGUUUACCACCCGACAGGGGCCCGAUAGAGGUUGGGGGCUCAUCAUUGUCUUGCCUUCUUGGCUACCAUGGCUAAAUGAGGCUUCCCCGCUCAGGGGCCAGCAGCCCCCUCCCUGGCCCUCAUGCUGCACUCAGAAGCAAGCCAGCAUCUCUCUCCAGGCCCCAGCUCUGGGGCACGGGCGCCAGGUGGGGCUGCCAGAGCUGAGAGGUGCGGCCCCCUCCCCAGAGCGCUCGCCUGACAUAACCUAUUAGUGUUUCUCUCCUCAGCUGGGUCCCCUAGCCAGCCUCCCCACCCAGGCCAGACUGUACAGGUCCUGCUGACCCUCUUCUGGGCUGCUUUGCCAGGGCAGGGUUAGGAGGCCGUGGGAUGCCCAGGAGGCGCUGUGUCUGCUCACCCCUCCCCUCUAGGCUGGGCCCCCUGGCAGCUGCCGUGGUCAGGUGGGCUUAACCCCUGACCUCUGCCCUCUGUGGCCGCCAUGUUGUCCUGGCUGAGUCCAGAGCUGGGGCCACUGUGCAGACAUGGGGAUUGAAGCUUAGAGGAUGAAGGGCUUUCCUGAGGGCCUGCCCUUGGCCUCCAUCCUUGCCCUCUUAGCCACAUGUCUAGGGCCUGCUGGGAGGGGUGGGGAGGGGGAGCCCCUGACAUCAAGGAGGGGCUGCUGCAGGGUCUCUGGGCUCCUCUAGGCUGCCCCACCAUAAGGAGCAGAUGCGCUACAUGGAGGGAGGAGGGUCAGGCCCAGGGAGGGCACCUCCUCUGGGCUCCGUUAUGAAGUCUUUUCCCAGGCACCAUGUGGAGGCCCCAGCCUGCAGAGCCCCAGGUCUGAGAUCAAGCCUGGGCCAUGGGCUGCUCCCUGCUGCUCCAGCCCUGCCUGGCCCUGCCUGGCCCGGCCCAGUCUCCUCUGGGAGCUGCCAUCCCUGAGAUGAGGACACCGCACCCCACCCGGGAGCUGUGAGGCACCUAAGUGGCAGGUACCACCAUUAGGACCUGCCCAUGGUGUCGUAUCUCACUCAAUCCCCGCAACCAUGGCAGGGAGGUGUUAUCAUCAUCUCCACUUGACAGAGGAAGAAACUGAGGCUCAGAGAAGGACAAGUGGGACAUACUCAGCCAUGCAGGUUUCGAGGACACCUCAGGGAUUCUUGGACUUGAAACAUCAAGUUAUCCAGCAGAGAUGGUGGCUGUGGGUAAAGAUGCAUCUUUUUUCACGUCAAGUGGGAAAUUACCCUUUCAGUGUUGGAGGAAGUUGGCCGUGGAGGUUGCCUGGUGUCAAGAAAGUGUGGAGCUCUGACCACGUGAUUUGUCCUCUCUUGCUUGACACUGAAUGGAGAAGAGCUGGCAGGUGGACAGAACAAGGAGCCGCAGACACAAAAAGAGAAGCCCUGAUUGACGUCAGGCGAAGCGCCCACAGGGCCUCUGUCUCUCCCAGAAAUUUGGCUCCGGUGCCCAGCGUGGAUGUCUGUGGUUUUUAAAAGGUGAAAAUGGCCCGUAGCCCUGCUUCUGUGUCUCCACCAAAACCUGGCAAGACAGCCGGUUUGGGGAAAGGGUCACCUGAAUGGGCAUCACAGAGGACUGGACUGUUGGGAAAAACACCUCUUCCAGGAGGCCUUCCUACUACUCCCCCACCUCUUGGCCAAGGAAACUGAGUGCUGACCAGCUGUCUUGGCAUCAGUUGCCAGGCUUGGUACCCAUGAGCAUCCUCGUUAGAAUCUCACCUUCACCUCUGGUGCCCUCUGACCAUGAGCAAGCCUUUGUCUUUUUAUUUUUUUUUAAUUCCCAGUUAAUCUUUUUAUAGAAUGAAGACAUUGAACUUGCU